UGCGGAAGUAAACAGACGUGGAGAGCAGGUGAAUUGUCUUAAUUUGCAGUAGUAAAAUAUGGAGAAAAUCAAAAAGAGGAUUUUCUUUAGAUCUGAUCCAACAGAGACAGUCAAGCUGCGGAAGAGAAAAUCUGUAUUAUACAGUAAACGAGAUGCACAUUUAGGCAGUGGAGAAGGCCUUUUUGGAGCAAGCAUUUAUUUGGUGUUAUUCACUGUAGCAGUGCGUGUCGUUAACUGCUUCUUGGUCCAGACAAGUUUUGUUCCAGAUGAAUACUGGCAGUCACUUGAAGUUGCACAUCGCAUGGUUUUUAAUUAUGGUUACUUAACCUGGGAAUGGACAGAAGGGUUACGAGGUUAUUCUUACCCUUUGUUCUUUGCAACCAUCUAUAAAAUCUUGCAUAUUUUGAAAAAAGAUACAGUCCAGCUUUUGAUUUGGGUGCCACGACUUGCACAAAGCUUGUUGUCCGCUUUAGCAGAUGUGAGAUUAUAUUGUUUAGUAAACACACUGGAAAAUGCAGAGACCGCAAAAUGGGUGUACUUUUGUCAGCUUUGUUCUUGGUUUACAUGGUACUGUUGUACCAGAACACUAACAAACAGCAUGGAAACCAUCCUCACAGUCUUUGCACUUUACUACUAUCCAUUCCAUGGGACACACAAGAAGAGCAGUUCCAAGUACUUGAUGUGGAUAGCACUGGCAUUUAUUAUUCGACCAACUGCUGUUACUGUCUGGCUUCCUCUGUUGUUCCUUAAUUUCUCCAAGGAGUCAGAGAAGAUUAAUUUUGUAAUUCAUCACUGUGUGCCUGUUGGAUUCAAAAUACUGGGCAUUUCUUUGAUAAUUGAUCGUGUAUUUUUUGGCAAGUGGGUGCUAGUUCAGUUGAACUUUCUCCAGUUUAACGUGCUACAGAACCUGGGAACGUUCUACGGCUCUCAUGCCUGGCACUGGUACUUCACCCAGGGCUUUCCUGUCAUCUUGGGGACUCAUCUGCCUUUCUUUAUCCAUGGCUGUUUCCUGACACCAAAGAGAUAUCACGUUUUAUUGAUAGCAAUAUUUUGGACAAUACUGAUACACAGCUUGUUAAGCCACAAAGAGUUUCGGUUCAUUUAUCCAGUACUGCCCCUGUGUAUGGUGUUUUGUGGUCAUUCACUGGCAAAUUUGAAGAAGUGGAAGAAGGCAGCAGCUGCUUUUUUGCUUGUAUCCAACUUGCUGCUUGCUUUGUACAGUGGUUUGAUUCACCAGCGUGGGACACUAGAUGUUAUGAAACCCAUUCAAGAGCUUUGCCUGAAUGAAAGUACUUUGAAAGAGACUGAGCCAUCUGUCCUGUUCCUUAUGCCUUGUCACUCCACACCUUUCUACAGUCACACUCACUGCCCAGUCAAGAUGCGCUUUCUUGAGUGCCCACCAGACCUGACUGGAAAUAAGAGCUACAUUGAUGAGGCAGAUGUGUUUUUUAUGGCACCGUUGAACUGGCUAAACCGAGAGCUGAAUCAAACACUCUUGCCUAGUCAUUUGAUAUUCUUCAGUGUUCUUGAGGAGGAAAUUGUUCCAUUCCUAGCAGGCAAUAAUUAUGUGAAGACUACAGAUUUGUUUCAUACCCACUUUCCUGAAGGUCGGGUUGGAAGCCAUAUCUACAUUUAUGAAAGAAAAUCUAAAUGAAAUGCACACAAAGUAGACAGAAGGAAAAUCCCAGUCACCAAUGCCUUAGCAUCUGUGUCACUCAGGUGUAAUGGUUCUUGAAGAGCAACUGAUGCCACAGUUAAAUCUGUGCUAAACCAACUGGUUUUACUGUUUAUUCUUUGCUUUCUGAGAUGCAGCUUUCCUUAUGAUGUGCAGUCCUCAGUUGUGUAUUAACUAAAGUUAGUAUAACUACCUUAAAUGCUAUUUAUUAGGACAGUGGAAGUGACUGCCUGUUGCACACUGGUAAGUGAUCCAAGACAUUAGUCACAAUGUGUUUGUAUCUGAAUGUACCAUUCAAAUUUGAAAGUAUGAAGGAUGACCACCGGUCCUUCCAAACUAAAACAGAUUCUGUCUGCUCUGAACUAGACACUACAUGUGUGCGUGCACAUGAGUGUGUUAGGAAUUAUGUGUAUUUUUUCAUCUUAUAAUUAAGCAUAUGAUUACUUAAAUUCACCUUGGGAAUUUGCUGCUCAUAAUAGUAUCACAGAACUGUCCUUCAGAAAGUGAAAUGGUUGAAAAAGGCAAAGAGCAAUAACAGUUUGGCUGACAGCAAGACCUGUGGUGUUACAACCACCGUAGCAGACCACAGACGUGGUUGCUGCUUUAAGGGUAAGGUGAAAUCUGCAGAGGGGAGAUAUGCUGUGGGUGAACCCACAUAACAUCUUUGCCGUGGAACAGUAGUGCCUUAAAAGCUCUGAAAACUGGAACAAAAAGCUUCUUUGUAAGCACCUUGACAUGCAAAAGAGUACUUAACUCAAUGAACCUAGCAUCAAACUCCGCCUGCAAAUUGGGCAUGUUUGAUAAGAACUCAUACCCUACAGCAGUAUUCUAUUUACAUGACAGAGAGGGUGAACAUAGGCUGGGGUUAGGAGCUGGUGAGCCUGUAAUUGCUUGUAAAGGCAUCUCAUUCUGUCUGUUAUAGCGCAUAUCUUGCAUUAUGAAACAAUGUAUGUUGUGCCUUAGGAGUAGUAAGGGAACACCUGCAGCUUCACUCCGUGGUUGUAUUGUGACAGGCAACCUCAAUGGGGUUGGGUAGAGAACAUAAAUGAAUGGGCUAAAUUGUAUAUUUACAUUUGUACAUAAAAAUCAUAGUUUAUUAAAAAAUGAAUAAAUGUUUUUAAACAACACAAA